CAGCUGUAUCCACGUCGAGGCGUCUUUACUUCCGGCUACGUCAUGAAAUUACAUUUCGCUCAAAAUGUAAACAUGGCUGGCAGUUCGAUGCAGUUUUUUUGUGAAAUCUGCCAAAAAUUACGAUCAAUGACGGGACGACGAGUCGAAGAACAUUUUAAUUUAGAGAGGACUACAGUUUCGACUAUAUUCUACGUAUUUGGCGUGGCAAUUGUGUGUGUAGUGUCAUGGAUUUCAGUAAAUUUGCGUUCGAUCACAAGACUGUCAACGGACACGGCGCCUCACGAAAUGUUGACUUUUGGCGAAAGAAGUUUACGUUUUGCUGCUGUUCCGAAUCCAAAACCUGUCAGCACAGAAACAGAAGCUAGUAAGACACUAUUUCUUAAAGGAAAUAUCUUUAGGUUACCUUUAAAUAUACUGAUGCUUCGAGAAUUUGCCAGAAACCCCGCGAAAAAUUCCUAGCAAAGCUGACGUGUACACAAAUUACAAAAUAUUCAUUUUUAUUAGCCAAAUAUUUAUAGAGAAACUUCAAAAUUCUUUCUUAAAAGUGAAAUAGCAGAGACCUUUAUUUGAGAACUUGAAAUGGAUUGGGUUUUAUGGUUUUACUGCGCUUGUGUUUAUUGAGUAUGUUAAUAGAUUAGAAAUGCUCAAUAAAAUCGCUUAAAAACAAAUUAGUUCUGUUUGCUCAGCAUAAUUUGCCAUUUUGUGUAACAACAAGUUAGGGCCAUUCCAUUUAACCCCCUCCCCCCCCUACGGAUGAGGUCAAUAAAAUUUUAACCCCUAAGAAAAAAAGAUCAAAAGUGCCAAUACAAAACACCCCCAGAAAUUUGUAAAUUUUCCCCUUACCCCUCAGAAAAAUUGCAGAGAUCAAAGGAUGCCGACAGGCUUAACCCCUCAGAAACGACUUUUUGAGUCACCCUUCAGAAAAACUCAUCCGUAGGGGGGGGGGGGGGGGGGUUGGACAUUAAAUGGAAUAGCCCUUACACUGGACCCCUUAUGUUUCAGAUAUAAGGAACAUACCUCUUUUUUGUAGUUCUUCUGUCCGGAGAGGCUGCGGCCGCAUUACACAUGGCCUUGAAGAUGAACGAGGAAGGAAAGUCUGGGAAGGCUCUCAAAUUGUUCCAACAAGCUAUGAAACUUUCUCCAAACAAUCCAGAUGUUCUGAACUCUUACGGUGAAUUCUUGGAACAUGAGAAACUGGUUGAAGCUGAGAACUUGUACACUCGGGCGUUAAUCAAUGAUCCGUCACAUGGUCGAGCACUAGCAAACAGACAAAGGACGUUUCCUAAAGUACAGAAACUUGAUCAGGAUAUGUUAGCAAGAAUUGAUAAUAAACGUUAUAGGUUGUACAAUAUACCAGAAGAAAACGCUGCACUACAGCGAGCAAUGAAGGAAGCUUAUUACCAACACAUUCACCAUACCACUGCAAUUGAGGGUAACACAAUGACGCUAUCAAUGGCUCGUGCUGUUGUCGAGACAAAAAUGGCCAUCCACGGCAAAAGUAUUUUGGAACACAACGAAAUCCUAGGUCUUGACGAAGCUUUGAAGUACAUUAACACAACACUAGUUCAAGAAAAAUGUAGCAUAACGGUUAAAAACGUAAUUGAAAUACACAGACGGGUGCUGGGGCAUGCACAUCCAUUGGAAGCAGGGCAGUUUAGAAACACACAGGUUUUUGUAGGGAACCAUGUUCCCCCGCACCCAACGGAUGUUGAACGGUUUAUGAACGAGUUUGAUUCUUGGUUAAGUUCGCCGACAAUUCGUAAUCUUCAUCCAAUUGAGUUUGCAGCGUUGGCUCAUUACAGGCUAGUUUACAUACAUCCAUUUACAGAUGGCAACGGUAGAACUGCUCGUUUGCUAAUGAACUUGAUUUUAAUGAGGGCUGGAUUUCCGCCAGUGACAAUCCAAGUGUCAGAAAGGCAUAAUUACUAUGAAUGUCUCCAGGAUGCAAAUCGUGGUGACGUUCGGCCGUUUAUUCGUUUUGUUGCAAAAUGUGCAGAAAGGACGUUAGAUGAGUAUUUGUCAGCAACAACUAUAUACCCUGUUAAACAUUAUACUAGCCGAGGUCUAGACUAUACUAAUCAUUUAAAAAGAUUGGACACUUUAACACUUACUAAAUAGUCUAUAAUAAAUAUAUUAUUCAUAUUAUAUAUAACAAUAUCUAUAUAUUUUAUAAAUAUAAAACAAGUAAAUUUUGAACAAAUUGUCUUAAGUGUUCUGUUGACAAGAAACAGGUCAAUACACCAUUCUGGAAAGUAUGUCACUUGUUUUUGUAAAGCAUAACUUCAAUCACAAAAAUGGGUCUUUAUGGCCAAGGUGACCUACUUUUCGGAAGCGUUUAUUGCUAUGUUCCACAACAGUUUUGAUGGCGUAGCCAAGUUAAACCUCACUAGUCACAUUUUCUUUGCUGGAAACUUUUUUCACUAUCAAAGAUGUACUCAGAGGCAACAAUAUAAUAAUAAGUAGAUACAACCAGUAUGGUAUUGCCGGGGUGCUACCAACUGGCCAGAACCAUACCCCUCGACGAUGACCAUCUCGUACAUGGUGCGACACAACAGAGAUGGUGGCAAUGAAUGGUAGCAUUGAUAACAAAGGGUAAUAUAGAGCAAUGAUGAACAUUAUAGGUAGUAUAGGGAUAAGAAUGGAUGUUGAGUGUAGUGGUGGUCGUUUAGGUAAUGAUAAAGCAUCCUGAAAGAUUAAUUAUUGCAUGUUAUGUCACAGAAUUGACAGAACAGGUUGUAGCACAGUGGUUGGUGCAGAUUUCUUUCAUAGAGGUUUGAUACCUGCAGCAUGUAGUGGUGUGCAUAAUUUUACCAGUUGACUCUGUCAUGCACCACAGAUUUAGUUUAGGUUUCCUCCUGCAGUAACACUGGAUCAAUAAGAGAUGAUCCUUAC